AUGGGUGCUGCUACAUCUACACUCAAGUUAAAUCUGCAGAACAAAUGUGUAGAUGGCAACAAAAGAUGUAAUUGUUCUCCCCGACCACCUGACUUAGCAGCUAUAAGGGAGGAUAAAAUUCCCAAGGUUACUGGUUUUGUUAAAUAUACUCACAGUGUUCCAGGAGGAUGUUUCACGCUUUUAACAGUACUAGAUGAAAAUUGCCAUCCUAUUAACGGAAUCCAUAAAACGGAGAAUGUAACAUCAGUUUCAGCAUAUUAUUGGAAGCAUGAGUUGAGUAGGGAUGGCCUACCUACAAAGGCUCUCCUAGUUGAAGUAGUACAAGAAGGUGGAAAAUACACUUAUUAUAAGGAUAAUGGUAGUGGUACUAAAUGGAGUGUAAAUCCCCAAUCUACUCAACUCCAAGGUAAGGAGCUUGAGACACAACUUGACAGUCUUAACUGUAGACUUAACGAUGCGGUCACUAUGGAUCUUACUAAAACUUAUUCGGAGACUCAUAAGAAUGGAAGGUACUGCUGUGAAUAUCAUAAAAGUAGAGUUGCUGUCACUUCUGUACCAGUUUCUUGUGAGAAUUUGGAUCAUAAGAAUAAAAGCAAACUUACAGCCUAUAAACACUCCAUCGAAGGGUCUAACAUGAAGCUUGCCUGUAUUAAGUACUACCUCAAUGCUGGUUCUGAUGAUAGAAAGAACAUAAGGUCUACUACUGGACUACAGUUUCCCAUCUCUACUCCGAUCACUGUUUACACAUUCAAUUGCGACAUUGGUAAUCCAGUGUUAAUAUAUGUAGAAUCCAAGGGAGACACAGCUAAAGGCUGGUUCAGGAAGAAGCCUACUAUUAGUAAUGACAACACGGAUGAAGAAUGGACAGAAGCAAAUGAACUCAAAGAUAUAGCACCAGGUAACAUAAAAGACUGUAGUAGUCACACCAACUGGAAGGCACUUGUAGCCGCACUAAAUAGUGCUGGUUGUAAUUGCUAUUCAAAAUGUAAUACCACAUCUGAAUCUGGUAAUCCUGGUACAGGUGCUGAAAAUAAAGACCCUAAUAAAUUUUCUGAAGUUACUCUUCCUCCUGAACCUCCUAAAGAAGGAACUCCCGUGGAAUAUCCUGAUUUCACCAUUGAGAAGGCCAGUCACUUUCAGCAUGCAGAUUCUGAAGAUCCUGAAAAAGAUGUGGACGUUAUAGGGUAUGUUGAAUUUUCAGAUUAUAGAGAUUCUUAUCCAGUUUUCCCCGUCGAUAUAACUGUAGGAUCUCCUGUUCUUCCAUAUAGAUUUGAUGUAGAGGACUUUGAAGUAGUCGUAUGUGAUAGGGAUACCCAGGAUCACAAAAUUACUAUUGAUUAUGACACAACUGACAUUUAUGGACAUGAUUCUACCAUAGGCGCUCCUAAUACAAGAGAUUAUGUGAGGCACAUAGAUAUUGAAUCAACUUUAGAGCCCAUUGACCUAUUCUUAAAGGAGACACACCUGGAAACAUAUGACCCGAAAACGACUAAAACCAAUGAAAGAAUCAUUCCUGUUUCCGUAGAUGUAUCCUCUCCUCUAGCUGAAGGUGUUCCUCCUACUGCUACUGGCAAGGGUGGUGAUAUAGGAGAAUACAGAUAUGCAAGGAAUGGAUACCUUCCAUUUACUUCUGGUCCCUCAGAUUCUUAUAGUUUUGGGGGUUGGAGUUUUCAAGAAACUACUGCUAAAACAGGACAACCGCAAAGACUCUCUGGAAAUUCUGGUGGUACAAUGAUCGCUGAAAACUCUUCUAAGAGAAACUUUAAUCUGAACAUUCCUUCCAUUAUUACCUCAUCCAUCCUUGGUGCUUCAGGUUCUCUUACUGGAUUUGGUUGGUGGAUCUACAAACGUUCUAGAGGAGACCCUUGGGUUCGAUACGGAUACCCUAUAGAGUGUUUAAAGAAUGUACCAUAUUUAGUAUGCAUAGACUCUUCUCUGGACUUUUCCUCCCUAGUAAGCAUUUAUUCGUACUGCCCAUUCUGCUCACACCAGUUGAGACAUUAA